AUGGCCGACGAUCCGCGUGUCGAUGCGGACGGCUCUCCCGCCAAGGAGCAGCCGUCGCAGCCUCCCGUCCUGCAGAUCGUCAGAUCCAACGCAUCCAAUCUUCCACGCAACCUUCCCGUCAAGCGCUACGACGGAGACCCGCUCGGACGCGUCGAAGUCCAGCAUGCGCUUCUCUGCUACCUCUUCUCCGAUACUAGGAGAGUCUUCACUAAUCCCCGACCUGGCGAUCGCUCCACCGCUUUAACGAGCGGAGCAGGUUCGGCGGGUGUGCCUGCACCAGUCUAUCCUUUUGGCAUGUCGGCAGGCUGCGUGAGGCGCAGCGGCGAGACGGAGGAAGAGUACAACAAGUGGCAGGAGAAGAGACAGCGCUAUUUGCUCUGGAAGAAGAGGCUCGAUCGCAAGCGCAAGCUCGAACGCAAGGCCGCUGCCGCUGCUGCCGCCGAGACCGCAGGCGACAAUGCCAACGACGACGCAGAUGCAAACAACGAGGAGAAGGACGAACUCGCCGAUGCGGGCAACGAGGAAGAUGCCGCUGAGCCCAAGGCCGAUGAGGGCGAUGACGACGAGGAUCUUGGCGAUCCGAACGAGCCACUGGAUGAAAACGAGUUCCCACAGCCAGGCGCCGCCAAGCUCACGUUCAAGGAGCUCUACAUCGAGUCGUUGCUCAACAGCAGCAAGUGCACCAAGUCGAUGCGCGACAAGAUCCUCGCUGACGAGGAGUACGCCGAGGACUUCGCCAAGGUCUGUCUGCUAGUCAAUGUCGGCCGCAUCAACACCACGCUCGCCUUCUAUCCAGAGAUGAAGACCGUCCUGCGCUCCUACCACCCGCUUCCGUCGCUGCAGAACAACGAGAAUACGAGGCGCAACAUGCAGGAUGCACCGCGCAUGAAGUCGCUCCUCAAGGGCGUGCUCAUUGAUACCGAGCGACCUGCGCCUCCCACCGCAGGCCCGUCGGCAGGCCAGCCCGUCAAGGCGCAGAAGCCCAACGCGCUCAGCGAGGAGGCGCCGUCGGACUUUAAGGAGGUCAUCAAGCGCUUCCGUGCCGGCACCGUGCCACCCACGAGUGUGGUCACGCUCAUCUUUUUGCUCUCGCUGCACGCCAACGAGCUGACGGACAUGCACUUCCCCGUGCCGCACGACUCGCACUCGCUCUUCUAUCCGCACGCCGACCACCCGCUGCCCUCCAAGCAGCGCGCAGAGGCGUUCCUCUGGCUUCUGUACCACUACCUCGAGGGCCCCGCGACGCGGCCGCCGGGCGAGCUGCCCAAUCCAUUCGACGACGAAACCUCGCUCACCGCCGCCAAGGACGCGGCGGAUGCGUACGCGAAUCUGCUCACGGACGAAGAGCGCAAGAAGCGCGCCAACCAGCCGUGGAAGGGCAUCGCGAAUCCGGCGUGGAAGAAGUGGAAGCAGGCGCAGGAGGUCGAUGGCGCAGCGGACGACAAGGUCAAGAAGGAGAACGGCGACGAGGGUGGCGAGGAUAACAAGGAGCCGCCUGUAUAUCUGCACCGACUGCUUGUGCCGACGCUGCAGACGGUGACACCCGAGGAGGCGGCGCUGGAGAAUGUCAAUACCGAAGACGAGAUCAAGUGGGGCAAGCAGAUGCAGUCGGAACGCGCGGCUUUCCUGUCCAAGUUCCAGGAAGAGGAAGCGGCCAAGAACGCCGCCUCGACAGGCUCACCCGCUCCAUCGGCCGGUGGCGCCAAGAAGGGACAUCGCAUCGGUGGGGCUGCGUCGGCAGCUACUGAUCGCGCCUCGUCGGGCGAUGCCGACACUUCUCGUCUUAAGCGUCGACACGGCGGUGCCGCUGGUGAUGUCUCCAAGCGAUCCCGCAUGGCGAGUCCCAUCGAUUUUGACGAUUCGAUCUCGGACGCCGAGGCUGGUAGUACUGCGAUUGCUACGUCAGCGAACCCGCUCACGUCCGAUCCGUACCUCAAUGCCAACGUGGCGAUUUCGGACCGGAUCCGACCUGCGCUGUGGGAUCUCGACCUGAGCGUGCCUCCGCAGCAUCGCAACACGGAGUCGCUGCCACAGCAGGCAUGGGCGCGCAUCCUGGAACGUGCCCAGCGCGGCGUGGGCGAUGCGUGCUACGAGAGCGACGAAGACGACUUUGCCCUCGAAGAGGCACAGGAACCCGAACGCAGUCGCGCCGAAAUCUGCCGCAUCCUUACUGGGCUCCGCGGCGUGGUUAGGCACGAUGUGUUCGAGGCAGAUAACCACGCGGUCAGGGUCAAGUACGGAGGGUACGAGCAGGAGUACAGCGGGAAUGGAGGAGCGCUACUGCCGUAUGCGAAGGAGUUCGAGACGAGGAGCAACAGGGUCGAUCUGUACUCCAACAGCACCCCUGUAACGGGCAGGAGGUACGACGGCGACGACGCGGCGAGGAGGAACGACGACGUGGAUGAUAUCGAAGAGGCUCUGCUGGGCGGUGAAGCCGAGCCCCGACGAAGGAGCGUCGCACGCAACGGGUACUCGCCUGUCCGAGCAUAG